CCAGGGCGAAGCUGAGCCAAUCAGGAUCGGCCGCUCGUGGCCGUGUUGCUGGGCAGAACAAAAACAAACACCGUGUGGCGCAGCUCCGGGGCCGCCGCCUACGGGUAAAGAAACCAUAGCUCCUUAAAUUUGGAUGUCAGGGAACUGUGACUAGUUUUACGCUGAUGUUCCUUCAGGGAGGAGAAAGUACAUAAACCUGAGGAGAGUUGAUGCAUGUAAUGGAAUACCAAGAGGACAAAAAUUAACCUUACAAGCUAAUAAAUCAACUCUCCAAUCUUCUGCCUUUUGAGAGAUCUGAGGAAACUCUUCUAUCGAAAGGAAAGUGCUUCAGAACGUUGCAAACUUCUGAAUGAUUGGCUAAGGUCUGAAACAACAAUAUUAAACAUUUUUUUGCGUUUGGUUCAGUUACUGUAAAACAGCUAUGGAAAUAGGAAAUGAGCAGACAUACAACAUCAACUUGACAGAACUGGAUAAUCUGAGUGAUACUCCAUUUUCCGGUGAUGAAGAAAAUGGUGGAACUGAGGAAAUAAAACCUGAAAUCAAUGGUAACUGGAACGCUGUAACGUCUAUUAAUGAAGCUAAGAUCAAUGCCAGAGCAAAGAGGAGACUGAGAAAAAACUCUUCUAGAGACUCUGGAAGAGGAGAUUCAGUGAGUGAUAAUGGGGAAGCACUGAAGAAUGGAGUCACAGUACCAACAAGUCCAAAGGGAAAGCAUCUGGAUAGGCGAUCUCGUUCAGGAAAGGGAAGGGGUCUACCCAAGAAAGGUGGAUCAGGAGGCAAAGGUGUUUGGGGAACACCUGGGCAAGUGUAUGAUUUGGAGGAAGUAGACAUUAAAGAUCCCAACUAUGAUGAUGCUCAGCAGGAUAACUGUGUCUAUGAAACAGUAGUUCCACCUUUGGAAGAAAGAGCAUUUGAGAAAACGCUAACUCCAAUAAUCCAGGAAUAUUUUGAACAUGGGGAUACUAAUGAAGUUGCGGAGAUGCUGAAAGACCUCAAUCUUGGUGAAAUGAAAUACAGUGUACCAGUGUUGGCUGUAUCAUUGGCUCUGGAGGGAAAGGCCAGUCACAGAGAAAUGACAUCUAAACUUCUUGCUGACCUGUGUGGGACAGUAGUUGGCAAACAAGACGUUGAAAAAUCAUUUGAUAGGCUUCUCAGAGAGAUGCCAGAAUUGGUAUUGGACACUCCCAGAGCACCACAGUUGGUGGGUCAAUUUAUUGCAAGAGCAGUCGGAGAUGGGAUUCUUUGCAAUAGUUACAUAGAUGGUUACAAAGGCACUGUGGACUGUGUCCAGGCUCGGGCUGCUCUGGAUCGAGCUACUGUAUUGCUGAGUAUGACCAAAGGUGGAAAACGCAUUGACAAUGUGUGGGGAUCAGGAGGCGGGCAGCAGUCUGUAAAACAUCUUGUUAAAGAGAUUGAUAUGCUGUUGAAAGAAUACCUUCUUUCAGGAGAUGUUUCUGAAGCAGAACGUUGUCUCCAGGAGUUAGAAGUACCACAUUUUCACCAUGAACUUGUAUAUGAAGCAGUUGUGAUGGUUUUGGAAUCAACUGGAGAAACAAACUUUCAAAUGAUGCUUAAUUUGUUGAAAUCCCUCUGGAGGUCUGCUGUCAUUACUAUGGACCAAAUGAAGAGAGGCUAUGAACGAGUUUACCGUGAAAUCCCGGACAUUAAUCUUGAUGUGCCACAUUCCUACUCUGUGCUUGAGCGGUUUGUAGAGGAAUGCUUUAGAGCAGGAAUAAUUUCCAAACCAAUGAGAGACCUCUGUCCUUCCAGGGGAAGGAAGCGCUUUGUAAGUGAAGGAGAUGGAGGCCGCCUGAAAGCUGAAAGCUACUGAAUGAACAAACUCUUGCAGCUGUAGAUGUUUAAGGGAAUAUAUAUGUAUAUAUUCUAUAGUAAGAGUUGCUUAGCACAGUUCAUUUAUUUUUUAAGAGAUGCACUUGUUUUGGGGAACAAAUACCUUCUGAUGGUUUUAUAAACUUGUGUUCACAAGGGAAAUUCUUCAGUUUUCUUUUCUCUGGAGCUAUAGUUGGGACAGAACAAGUAACAACCUUUCUGUGGAGGUUUGCUAAAAUAAGCUACUAUUUUGGAAGUGCCAUAUGUUUGACCUAAUCAUUCCAUGUUUUGCAUUGAUGCCUGCCUGCCACUCCUUUGUUUUAAGGACAGUGCUUUUAUAGUGAAAUCACUGGUUUAUACAAAGCUUUAUAGAAUGGGUCAUUAAGCUGCUAGAACCCUAUUUUGGCUUCUGCUGGGAGAAAAAAGUUUUUUUCUUUGUUUUAAAGAAUCUAAGAAUUUAGUUUGAUCAUAAGAUGUAUUCAUCUUUUUCCAGGGGAACAAUUGAUUUGCUCUUAAAUUAAUUCAGCAAAUGGUGGCUGGAACAUCUAUUUUUUCUACAAUACUGGAAAAACGAACAGUUCUGAUAGAAUGUAUUGCAAAAUAAACUUUUGUGAAGCAGA